UUGCUUAGUCCGUAACUCAAAGCUAGAUCCAAACUUUAGUUUUAUUCUCUUUCUCUCUCCCUCUCUUUCUCUCCAUCUUUUAUUUCCCCUCCAUUUCUAAGCUCAUUGAAAACAAAAAAAAAUAUAAAAGUUAGAAACUUAGCACAAUGGGUAUGGUGAGAGAGUCACAGUUCCAUGUUUUGGCUGUUGAUGAUAGUCACUUGGAUCGGAAAAUGAUAGAGAGAUUGCUGCAAAAGUCUUCAUGUCAAGUAACUACAGUUGAUACCGGCUCCAAAGCUCUAGAGUUUCUAGGUUUGAGAGAAAGUAACGACCCAAAUGCACUCGAAACUCAUCAGGAAGUUGAAAUAAAUCUCAUAAUCACAGACUACUGUAUGCCUGGCAUGACUGGUUACGAUUUGCUCAAGAAAGUUAAAGAAUCAGCAGCGUUUAGAAGCAUUCCUGUAGUAAUAAUGUCAUCAGAGAACGUUCCUGCUAGAAUCUCCAGAUGUCUGGAAGAAGGAGCUGAAGAGUUUUUCUUGAAGCCAGUAAAGUUGGCUGAUGUUACCAAGUUGAAACCUCACAUGAUGAAAACCAAGUUGAAGAAAGAAGGUGAGAAACCAUCAGAAGAAGAGAAUGCAACUUUGAAACCUGAAGAAUCAUUGGUGGUUGAAAUGAUCUUGCCUCUGAAUCAAGAACUUGAGUUGGAACAAAAAGAACCAAUGUUGAGUAGUAAUAAGAGGAAAGCAAUGGAAGAAGUGAUAUCUGCUGACCGGUCACGUCCUAAAUACAAUGACAUCACAACCUCGGCCUGACCCGUUCGGUGUCCUCAAUGCUUCAGAGUUUCUUUGCAUAGGAAUGUUUCUUCUGGUAAAUACAGAGAGAAUGAAGAUGGAAGACAAAUGUAGAUGAUGGUAAUGGUAACAGUUGUUACUUGUAUUUCAUUAUAUGAAAAAUCAGCAGAUUCUCAGUUUUGAUACUUGUUAGUUUCCUGGUUUAAAACAAUCUCCAGAGUAAAUAAAAUCUACUUACUUUCUUGUUUA